CAACAACGACGACGCUGACAACAACGCCGCAACACCAACCAAACCACGCCAUCACAAUAACGCGAAGCAACAGCAACAGCACAGGCUACACAGGCCUCCCGUGCAGGCAGCCAACCCAGACACCACGCGUGCGUGCGCGUGUGCUUGUGCGUGUGUGUGCGCGAUAGACCCACGUGCACUGGCUAGAGUGAGAGGGACUGGAUUGGGGGUGAAGUACACGUGGAAGGAGUUGCCAGGUGGAAACGUCGAGCGAGUGAGUCACGUGGACACAACAGGAUGGAAGGUCCAACCAGCGUUCGCCGUCGGCUGAGCCGCUCCCACAUCCAUCGCCGCUUGAUGGCCAUUCGCCGCGUCAACCUCAGUAGACAAGUGGGGUUGCAAGGGCUUGAGGAUGAACAUCGCCUGCUUGCAAGCGAGGACCGCAACCGUGGCCUGAGCAUCAUUAGCGUGGGCAUUGACAAAUGCGAUGGUGGCUGCUUCGACGCCGAACACGUGCCGCAGAACGUGUUGCGGUUUGAUGGGUCUGUGUAUUGCAGCGAGAAGCGACGAAACGUCAACCUUAUGCUCAGCCCGACUCGGGAUGAACACGCCACCGUCUUCACCCACGUCAUGGUUGCCGCCCCAGAGGUUGGAUAUACGUCGCCAAUUCAAGAUGGCCUCGUCUUCCUGCCAACUCCAAACACGCUCACAUCUGCCAGCGACGCGUACAGAGACAUGACAAAGGAGCAGUUUGAUGAAUUGUGGGCGCGAAAGCAGAGAAACAAUGAGCCCUGGGAUCCAAGUGAACCCGUGUGCUUCUUUUCCCUAACAUCGGAGGAGUCUCAGCCCGUGGUGGUGCCGUUCAAGGUCGCUGUUCCCGCAUCACGCGUGCUUGUCCACUUGCUCAGACCGCAGUCUGAAUGCGGCGAAAACAUUGACAUUGCAUACCUCGGCUUCAAGGGCUACCGGGGAAGUACCACCUUCUCCACGUUCACGCUCCUUUAGAGUAUCAUGAUCACAUUUGUUGUUACAGUUUCUGCUCCGCUUGCCAUGACCGCGCGUGCCACGUUGAUGCUCUGUGUCUCAGUCAGUCAGUCAGUCUGUGUAUGUGCGUGUGUAUGUGUGUGUGUGUGUUGCUUGUCUGUCUGCGUCAUGUAUGUGUGUUUGUGCGUGUGUGUAUUGUAACUGCUAUCUUUGGUGCUUUUGCAUUGCUUCCUUUUCAAAACACAGUAAACGCAGCAAGUUCAUCCUCCC